AUUGUUCGAUAUUUUCCGUCUGAAACCUGACCACACCAGCGGCUAAAUAUUGAGUACGAGUAACUGCCCAACAACGAUGAGAGCUGCAAAAAAGACUAAAUCGUAUUGUAAUAGAUAACUACCAUUAAUACAACAGAACUUUUAUUUCGACAUUUUAUAGCUGUGUGUGCGACUAUCUACGUUAGACGGAAAUCAAAAAAGUUUUUGCAUAUAGAAUUAUAUCCAUCACGAAUAGACCUGCCAACUACGUAUAUAUAGCAGAUUAAUGUCAAGAAAGUAAAUCUAUAUCAUAUGUAAUAGGAAUGAUAUACUUUGGGAAAUCGUCUCUGUGGACCGCGCUGUUACUGUUGAUGUGGUUUGAGAACAAUGUCACCGGCGCAGAUGACGACUACAAAAAUAAUGGCGAGGCUGAGGAGAAGGACAUACCUCAUUCACGGCAGAAACGUCUGCUGUGGAUCACUACAGACGGCCGCCUGGCCCUGCCACCCGGUACCAGGCUAACGAUAACGCCAUCGUUGUCCCUACCGUUCGUCAGGUACCCUCCAGACGGGUUCCUGUCCAACAUGAGCAUCAGUUUGCCGUUCACAAUCGACUUUGAUGGCUUGGGGCUGACUGAUAAUCAGAAUCCAUUCGGCGCCUUUCCGCCGAUAUUAGCCAGAAGCAUGGGCAGGCAGAUGGGCUCAGUACUUGCCAACUAUGUGUCUCAACUUAUGGACGGCCGGAGAUCGACUAGAUCUGUUCCAACGUUACCCAAACCAAUUCACUCGUACUUCCAAGGAGGUGAAAGAGCUCUGUUAUUUACCGUCGUCGAGGACCUGUUAACGAACUUCGGGAUGGACGGCAAAGCAUGUCUUCUCCGAGCCAUAUGCGAAGUUCAUGGUCACAAGUCCAUACACAAAUUUGGUUUCAUCGGUGAAUUUCUUCAGCUGUUCCUCACGGCCAGCAGAUCGACGUACGCUGAUUUAAUGAAGGAAUACGUGACUGCCGAAACCGUUGGCAAACACAGCAAAGAAUGUUACCCUUACUUUAAGGAAUGUCCAAAGUCGUUGUUCACCAACAAUCAUAACUAUUCGAAAAAUGACCAGUCGCCCGACGAAGAAGACGAAGACGGCGAAUCGGUGUCGGCUGACGACGAAGACGGCGGCGCCGAUAACUAUAGGGACGGCAACGAUAUCGACGACGACCAGAGGAAGACGUCGUCCGCGGCGAGCGGUGGAUCAAAAGUGACGGUGAAUCCGGCACCGUUGGCCAUGUGACCCGGUUGAACGCAAUCACCCGGGUGAAUUUAUAUCACUCUCCGCCGCGUGCAAUGAUCGUUGAAUAAUCGUCUCCCGAACGAAUUUCAAUUGUAUUUAAGUGUGUACCUACGUCUAUUCAUGUGCCUGCGUGUACGUGUCCAGACUUUUUCCUCGGAUUGAAUCUAACAAUUUUUUUUUUUUUUUACUUUUCUUUUACACCCACCCAAUGACCCACCAACCACCCGUCUCGUUACUCACUAGCCCUAUAUAUUAAAUAGUCCGCCGGGACUUAUAUAGUCGUCUCUUCUUCUCGAUCAGGUUCCACGCAAUCAAAUAUACAUGUAUAUGUAUAUAUAUAUAUAUAUUAUCAAACACGUCGUGACACGAUUUUUUGGGAUUUUAUAAGGAAUUUUUAACGGAAUUCCCGACUCAAGGUAUUUUAUUCUACUGGCGCUCAUAUAUACCGUUCAAAUCGUCCACCCGAAAAAAAAACUUUAAUGUCACAAAACAAUCACAAUAAAAAAUGACAUCAGGGAAUUCAGAUCCCCGAUCCUGACAUACCUAUAUGUAUCUUAUGUAUACGUAUAUGUCCUGCAUGUAUAUACACGACAUUAUAUAUAGGGUAAUUCAUCAAGAAUACUCACCUUCUACCCUAUUUUUUUAUUUAAUAAUAAAACUAUUUAAAUUCUUAUUUUUUGAAUUUUUUAAAUUUAUUCUAAGACCGAAUUUUUGCUACUUAAGGAGUGUUCUAUAAAGACACAGGCAUCUAUAUUUCAAAUUAGACCUUCCUCCCACACCUAUAAAUUAUUUAGCAAAUAAUUUUUCUGAAAAUGUUGACGUAUAAAAAUCGAACGAAAGUAAUACGAAAUCGAAGUGUAUAAUAAAUAAUAGAUCCAAAAUUACAUUUAUUUAAUAUUUUCGUAAGACUAUUUUUAAGGACAUCAUUCUUAAUAUAAACAUUUUAAUAACUGAGAAACUACUCGAUCGACUUUUGAAUUAGAUACUUACACCUAAAUUUUUAACAACAAAAAAAUGUAUCCACUAUUAUUAUUAAAUGAAAAAACGGGUAUGAGCGCUCUUGGUAGAUCAUCCUGUAUAGUACACUGCUGCAACAUAUACGUAUUAUAUUGAAUAAUGCUGUAGAGACGUAGAGUAUAGAUUUUUUAAAUUCGGGAGACGUAUUUGCCGACGAUAACGCCGCUGCUCAGUGCGUAUCAUUAUUUAUUUAUAAUAUUUUAUUAUAUAAAAUAAACAUAUUAAAAUAUCAUAAUUAUCAUUAAUUUAAACAAUUAUAUUAUAUUAUUCACCGAAACGUAACAAAAAGAGGACUGUUUCAAACGUAUUUUUCUCUUUUUGUUUCGUUUCGGACCAUAUUAUAUAUAUAUAUAUAGUACAUAAUAUUAUCAUUCAUUUAUGUAUUUAAAGUAUAUACAAAGACAAAGAAAUGUAUAGUUGUAGUCUUAGAAUGUAAUAGUAGUAACAUCAGUAGUCGUAAUAGCGUAGUUGUUUUGUAUAGUUGUACCUACCUAGUAAUUUAGUGUUUCGAGUAGACGCGUAAAAAAUGAAUAAGCGCAGGUAGGUCUCGUAUACGUCAUAUUAUAGAAUAUUAUAUUAUUGUGUGUAUUCUCAAAUGUAGCUUAUAGGUUGUGCCAUCGUCAAUUUAGUUUUUUUAAUUUCAUAAUCAACCUAUUAUAAUUAUUAUUUAUAUUUAUUUAUUUAUUUAUUUAUUUUUCAAACACGUGUUGUAUUUUAUCAUUAUAUACUAUACCUACCUAUAUAAUAUUAUAUUUUAUUAUAUAUAUAUUAUUAACCCAACCGUUGUAGAUAAGUAGACUAUUUAUUAUUAUGAUGUACCUACGCAAAUAAUAUAUUAUUAUUAUUUUAUUGUCAUAAAAUCGUACUGUUGUUUAAAAUAUUAUACCCAUGUGACAAGUUGUUAAUAUCGUAUGAUGAUUAUAAUUUAUAAUAAUAUAUUAAUAAAUGCAGUAUUUGUCUGAAA